GAAGAGAGAGAAUGAGUGAGAGAACAGGUUUUGUUCAGGUUUUAUUCUCACACACCCUUCACAAGCCAGAAGAGCAGCAAAAGAAAAUACAAAAGUCCUUCAUCAUGCAGUGCCCGCAAUCUCCGGGACGAAUCCUGUCAGAGGAGCAGUUCUCCUGCUCCAUCUGUCUGGAGGUCUUUGUCGAGCCCGUCUCAACUCCGUGUGGCCACACUUUCUGCAAGGCAUGUCUGCAGGGCUUCUGGAAUCACAGCAAGAAGUUUCUGUGCCCCAUGUGCAAGAAAGCUUUCUCCAGAAAACCAGAGCUCAGCGUCAACUGUGUACUAGCUGAGAUAGCCGAGCAGUUCCAGGGUCUGUCCACACUGUCCUCCAAUGGAAGUGACAAGGGCAACGUUGAGUUUGCACAUUCCCUAAGCACACAGAAAGAAGACGACUGGGGAGACUUCGCUAAAGCGGGAGAUGUGCCCUGUGACGCCUGCAUCGGCAGGAAGAUGAAAGCCAAGAAGUCAUGCCUGAACUGCCCUGGUUCGUUUUGUGAAGCUCACCUGCGGCACCAUAGGAAGGGAAAGGCGAUGACCUCACAUAAGCUGGUGGAGCCCAUACACAACCUGGAGGACAAGAUGUGCAAGGUACAUAAACGUCUCCUGGAUGCCUACUGCCGAAACGAACACGUGUGCGUGUGUAAGGAGUGCGCGGAGUCCUCGCAUAAAGCACAUGAUGUUGUUUCCACCGAACGAGAGUGGAAGAAAAAAACGACUCAACUGGGAAAGAAAAGGUCAGAAUUAAAACAUCUGAUCAAGGAGCGAGAAAAGAAACUCGAGGAGAUCAAGCAGUCUAUCAAAGUCCUGAAAGAGAACAGUCAGAAGGAGAUUGAGGAGAGCUGGGCGGUUUACGCAGAGCUGCAGCGGCUGUUAGAGCAGUCGCAGGCUGAGCUGCUGGAGCUCAUCACGACGCGGCAGAAACAAGUGGAGCAGCAGGCCAGAGAUCUUACCAGCGGCCUGGAGCAUGAGCUCAACGCACUAAGGAAGAGGAGCAGUGAGCUGGACGCACUGGCUCAAACACAGGACAAGGUGGUCUUUCUACAGUUCCUCCCAUCUCUUCCUCCUCCACCGGAGCCGUCUGAUUGGUCAUUGGUGUCUGUGAACACAGAUCAGUACCUCAGCACCAUCAGGAAGUCAGUCUGCUCUCUGGUUGACAAAUUCCAACAAGAGGUCAAACGGCUUUAUGGAAAAGAGCUCAGGAAGCUGCAAAACUAUGCAAGUGAGGUGAUCUUGGAUUCGGCCACAGCUCAGCGUGAUCUUUGUAUUUCUGAGGACGGCCGGCAGGUGCACUAUGAAGAGCAGCGCAAGAGCUCCACGCAUUCCGACACUCCGCGACGCUUUAGCCCAGCACUGUUUGUCCUGGCACGUGAGGGUAUUUCCUCUGGAAGACACUACUGGGAGGUGGACGUAGGACAUAAGACAGCCUGGACCGUAGGAGUGGCCCGGGGGUCGGCGCGACGUAAAGGAGAGAUCCGUCUCAGUCCAGAAGGUGGCUUUUGGUGUUUAUGGCUGAAAAGCGGAGAAGUGAAAGCCCUUACUGGGUACAGAGUUCCUCUCCAUCUCGCCACACUGCCUCAGAAGCUGGGCAUCUUUCUGGACUAUGAAGCUGGACAGGUGUCCUUCUAUGACGUGAAGACGCGCUCUCAUCUCUACACGUUUAGCGAUGCUUUCAGUGAGAGUGUCUACCCCAUCUUCAGCCCUUGCAUCAACCAGGAUGGAAAGAACCCCGGAGCACUGGUCAUCACCGCCAUCAAACACAGCUGAGACAGCAUACUCACUCUGAGCUUUUCUAAUGUAUUUUAGGGUUGGACAGAAUAUGUUGCUGAAGAUUGUUGCAAGAAUGAAGACUUUCCUGGACAAAUAAAUCACUUUUUUUUUUUUUCAUAACAGUUCACUCUGUAAGUUUACGCAGAUGAGUGUGAUCUUAAAACACAUGCAUCUAGUGUAAAAAGACUCUAAGUUACUUUCAAAGAUGCAGAUACAAAAUACAUAUAACCUACCAUUCAAAAGUUUCAGGUCAGUAAAAAAAGAAAUUAAGUCUUAUUCCUGAAGGACACAUUCAAUUAAGUCCAAAGGUGAAGUAAAUACAUGUAUGUUACAAAGGUAAUGGUAAUAUUGGUAAUAUUUCACAAUAUUACAGUUUUAAUGUAUUUUUCAUCAAAUAAAUGCAGCUUGAUGAGCAUUAGAUACUUCAAAACAACAACAAAAAAAUAAAUAAAUAAUAAUAAUAAUAAUCUUAACCUCAAACUUUUGAAUGGUAGUGUUCUUUGGUUCAUGUUUGGUUCCAUGUUAAACGUGAACACUAUAAAUGUGACCAUUACACUUGUGAAUAGUUAUUAAUUAUAAUAACUUGCUAAAAUCCACAUUAUAUCCCAAUUGUUUAUACAUCUAGAUUUAUUUUACUUUAAAAAAAAAAAAAAAAAAAGAGCUCAAUGUGUAUA